CCAAAGAAGAUUGUGAUGUCUUCUUAUCGUUUCCACUCUAUUUUGCAAAUGAGAGUAAUGUGACGGAUACAAAAUAGCAUCAUAAGCAUACAAGAAAGGGUCCAUAGAGAUGACACGGUUAGUCGCAUGUUCAUAUGUGGAUUUUUAGUCUACGGUUUUAUAAGUUUCCCUCACCUGAGGCUGAUACAUGAAAGAUUUUAGUUAUAAUUACUGAGUUUUUUCUUACUCGCAUACACUGAGUUAAUUGAUAAAUAGUUUUUACUCUUAAAUUACUUUGGAUUAAAAAGAGUUAUCUGCUAAUGGUUUUAGGAAUGGUUCAAAUAUUACAAAUUACAACGUAAUUAUAUUUUUACUAUUAUUCGUGUACAAUAGAUAUUUUUAUGCACAAGUAGUUUCAUUAUGUAUUAUUACAAUUUCACUUUAUCUCCUCUUUAUUUUUAUUUCGUGUUGGAUUCGAUCGGAGGUUUUUUUUUUUGGGUCAACUGUUGGGAGCUUCUAUAAAGUAUAAUAAUAGUUAGCUUUAUAGCCUCACAAAGCUUCUCUCUAUCGACCGAAUUCCGCAAGUCCCACAAUAAACAAACACCACUUUGUUGAUCCUCAUAAUUACUUCUCUUUCACUCUCCUAUCUUCCUCCAUGCCAGUGAGUUCUUGAGAGUUUAAUAUUUCUAGAAUCAAUCUAAAAGGGAUCAUUAUAUCAUUAAUAACAAUCUUAGUUUCCUUUAGUGGGUCUUAACCCUUUUGCCUUUAUAUCCCCUCAAGACAAAAAAAAAGAGAGCAACAAACACUUUAUGUCUUAAUUUUGUUUCAUCUCUCUUCAUAUUCUUGAGUUUAUAUUUUAAACAAUCUCAAGCUAAAAGAAUGCCCUUGGAGGCUGUCGUAAACCCGCAAGAUCCAUUCGGAUACCUUUCUAAUUGCAAAGAUUUCAUGUUCCACGACUUUUACUACCAAGAAGAGAUAGUAUCUCAAGAUACAAAGAACAACAUUCAUAAGUUAGGGCACGAACAGAGAUUUGUGGAAAACGAUAAGGAGGAAGAACGUCAAUGGGGAGACCAUCAUCAUCAUCAGUGCCCUGUAGUCCCUUCGUUGGAAGAAGAGCUUGAUCUUCCCGCCAUUGAUGUGGAAAAUCAUCCUCCUGUGCAGCAGAGGAGGAAGAGGAGGAGAACAAGGAGCAAUAAGAACAAGGAAGAGAUCGAGAACCAGAGAAUGACUCACAUCGCCGUCGAGAGAAAUCGCCGGAAACAGAUGAACGAGUACCUCGCCGUGCUCCGUUCUCUAAUGCCGUCGUCAUAUGCUCAAAGGGGAGAUCAAGCGUCGAUAGUAGGAGGAGCCAUUAACUACGUAAAGAAGUUAGAGCACAUCUUACAGUCCAUGGAGCCUAGGAGAACCACGACCACGAGCCAUGAAGCCAACACAAGCACUAGCUCGUUGGUGUUUACCUUCUCAGAUUUCUUCACUUUCCCUCAGUACUCGAAAAAGUCAUUAUCAGAAGUGGAAAGCUCAUCUUCACCGGCGGAAAUAGAAGUGACGGUGGCGGAAGGCCACGCGAACGUCAAGAUAAUGGCGAAGAAGAAACCAAGGCAGCUUCUUAAGCUCGUAGCUUCCAUACAGAGCUUAAGGCUCUCUCUUCUUCAUCUCAAUGUGACCACUCUGGACAACUUGAUUCUCUACUCCAUCAGCGUCAAGGUUGAAGAAGGGAGCCAUCUGAAUACCGUGAAGGACAUUGCAACAGCUCUGAAUCAAAUCAUAAGGAGGAUUCAAGAAGAGUCAUAAUAAUCUCUCAUAUAAGAUUGAGUCAUUUAGUUUCAAAAUGUGUAUUUUCCUUUAUAUUUAUCUGGAAAUAAUUGAAGUACAAACUCAUCUAAUUCCUGUACUUCUUUUACUGUUUCUCUCCUUUUUAAUGUAAGUUGAAUGUUUCCUGUAACGCAUAUGUUGUUUUUGGCCUCUGUUCUUUUUUUU